UAUGCCGGUCUGCCGGCCGCCAUUAAACACCAGAAGAGGAAGAAUAAAGAAAAAGAAAAAGAAGAAGAAGGAAGAUAAGACUGUCGCCUGAGUCACGGAACUGAAAUGGCGGCAUUAGCGGAGAGGAUGGAGGUUUCUCAGGGGGAGAGCUCAGCCAAGCCUGCUGCUGAGGAUAUGACCUCAAAAGACUACUACUUUGACUCAUACGCCCACUUUGGCAUCCACGAGGAGAUGCUUAAAGAUGAGGUUCGGACGCUGACCUACCGCAAUUCCAUGUUCCACAACAAGCAUCUGUUUAAGGACAAAGUGGUGCUGGAUGUGGGCAGCGGGACAGGCAUCCUCUGCAUGUUUGCUGCCAAAGCUGGAGCCAAGAAGGUUAUAGGGAUAGAGUGCAGUAGCAUCUCAGACUAUGCUGUGAAAAUCGUCAAGGCCAACAAGAUGGAUGAUGUUGUGACUAUCAUCAAGGGGAAAGUGGAAGAGGUGGUGUUGCCCGUGGAAGGAGUCGACAUCAUCAUAUCGGAGUGGAUGGGUUAUUGUCUCUUCUAUGAGUCCAUGCUCAACACAGUCAUUUAUGCCAGAGACAAAUGGCUGAAGCCAGAUGGACUAAUUUUCCCAGACAGGGCAACACUUUAUGUCACUGCCAUUGAGGACAGGCAGUACAAGGACUACAAAAUCCACUGGUGGGAGAAUGUGUAUGGGUUUGACAUGUCGUGCAUCAAGGAGGUGGCGAUUAAGGAACCCUUGGUUGACGUGGUGGACCCGAAGCAGUUGGUCAGCAAUGCCUGCCUCAUCAAGGAGGUGGACAUAUACACAGUGAAGGCAGAGGACCUGACCUUCACCUCACCGUUCUGCCUGCAGGUGAAGAGGAAUGACUACAUCCAUGCCCUUGUGACCUACUUCAACAUAGAGUUCACCCGCUGUCACAAGAGGACCGGCUUCUCUACAAGCCCAGAGUCUCCCUACACCCACUGGAAACAGACAGUCUUCUACCUGGAUGACUACCUGACUGUCAAGACCGGGGAGGAGAUCUUUGGCACCAUCAGCAUGAAGCCAAACGUCAAGAACAAUAGAGACCUGGACUUCACGGUAGACAUCGACUUCAAGGGUCAGCUGUGUGAGAUAUCAAAGACGUCGGAGUACAGGAUGCGUUAGAAGUUGCUCUCCCUCCCCUGUUUCUUCGGUUGAGGACAGAUGAUUCGGUUUGACUGGAAGGCUGUACAAUAGUUUGAAGCUCCCAUGCAGCAACAUUUUAAAGAUCAUUUUUUUUGUGGUUUCUUUUCAUUUACUUGUUCUAACAUUAACAGUAUUAAAGAGGUUUUCACAUUCUUACAGUCAAGAGUGCAUUGAUUCAGUAAUUCAUUAUGCAGUCGUCUCUCAACACUCGCUGAUUGACAUGUGCAUCCGUGUUUGUGAGCAACAUCGUCUUGGUUUUUACUUCGGCAGUCAUUGCACAGUUGAUAUUCAUGUAGACAGACUCACAUAUCUGCAUAGUUUAACUGUCUUUUCCUCUGGCCUUCCCUAUGGUCAUUACAUGAACCAGCUACUGCUCUGCCCUUGGCAUCUGUUGAAGCUGUAGGUGUUUUUUUCUUAGGGUGUUCCGAACAGGAUUUUUGGGCUCGCAAGCUGAUUGUUUGCAGUAGUAUCGGCCGAUACUGAUUACGGUUGAUCCAAGUCACCACUUAUAAGAUUUCAUCUCCCUGCUCUAUAUGAAAAUGAAAGUUAAUACAGAUUUUGUCAGUAAAAGUCCAUUAUUACU